CAGAGACCGUGACGCGACUUGACCUGACCUAACCCGGCCUCUCACGCGUCUCCUGUGGCCAAGGCCGCGAAGAGAGAAACCCUCAUGUAUAUCAAGACUCUCACCAUCCAAGGCUUCAAAUCUUACCGUGAUCAAACGCAGAUUGAGCCCUUUUCGCCCAAGCAUAAUGUGGUUGUCGGGAGAAAUGGCUCGGGAAAGAGUAACUUCUUCGCCGCCAUUCGCUUCGUAUUGUCAGAUGCCUACACGUCAAUGAGCCGCGAGGAACGCCAGUCUCUGCUGCACGAAGGGGUAUCUACCACUACUACACUGUCUGCAUACGUCGAGAUCGUCUUCGACAACUCCGAUAACAGAUUUCCGACAGGCCACGAUGAAGUCAUCUUACGACGAACGAUCGGCCUCAAGAAAGACGAAUACAGUCUUGAUAAGAAGAGCGCGAGUAAGGCCGACGUGAUGAAUCUGCUGGAGAGCGCUGGCUUCAGCAAGUCCAACCCCUACUACAUCGUGCCACAAGGACGCAUAACUGCCCUGACGAACGCAAAAGACCACGAACGCCUAGCAUUGUUGAAGGAGGUGGCGGGCACCAAGGUCUACGAACAACGACGUACCGAGUCCCUGCGCAUUAUGGCGGAAACUGACACUAAACGCGGGAAGAUCAACGAGCUACUGGACUACAUUGAAUCCCGUCUCACCGAACUCGAGGAGGAGAAGGAAGAGCUAAGGCAGUUCCAAGACAAGGAUCGGGAGCGACGCUGCCUCGAGUACGCGCUGCACCAACGAGAGCUUCAAGAUGUCACCGCAGCGCUUGAAGAAGUUGAGGCAGAGCGCAGAAACGAACUUCACACUGCGAACGAGCGACGCGACCAUCUAAGUCAACGCGACAGAGAGAUCCAGGCAUAUGAAAAGUCCAUCGAAGAGCACAAGCAUACCCUCGAAGCUCUCACCGCCGAACGCGACGACGUCCAGGCCGAACUCACCGACUUCAUCGGCACGCGCACCGAAAUCAAAUGUUCUAUCGACGACAUGCAAUCGACCAGCGAGUCCGAAGGCGGCCGGCGCCAGAUGCUGCAGGCCGAGCUCGCGCAACUCGAGAGCGAGAUCACCUCGAAGGAGGCUGAGCUCGACCGCAUCCUUCCGGAAUGGGAAGCCCUCCGCGCAUCCGAAAUGCAGGAGAAGCACAGGCUCGCAGACAUGCAGGCGCGGCUGACAGCUCUGCAUUCGAAGCGCGGGCGCGCGAACCGAUUCAGGAACAAGGCCGAGCGCGACGCAUUCCUCAAGCAGGAGAUCAGCAGCCUGCAGAGCUACAAAUCAUCGCAAUCUCAGGCCCUCGAGGCUACGCGCGCGGAGAUCGAGGACGCGAAGAGGACGUGCACGUCGAUCGACGAGCAGCUCGCAACCGUGCAAACGGACAUCGAGGAGGGUCGCGAGAGGAUCCGUGAUCUGCAGGAGCAGACGGCGCAGCUCAAUCAGAAGGCGAACGACCUCAACGAGAAGCGGAAAGAGUACUGGAGGGAAGAUGCCAAGCUGAACAACAAUCUGGCUCGUGAAAGCGAGGAGCUGAAGAAGGCGGAGCGCACCCUCGCCGGCAUGAUGGACAAGGAUACUGGCAAUGGUCUUCGCGCCGUUGACCAAAUCAAGCAGCGCCACAGCUUGGAAGGCGUGUACGGACCGUUGUACCGCCUCUUCAAGAUCAAGGACGAAACCUUCAACAUCGCUGUGGAGACCACCGCCGGCAACAGCCUUUUCCACGUCGUUGUCGACACCGACGAGACCGCAUCCAGAGUCCUCGAUAUCAUGAUCCGUGACAGGAUCGGGCGCGUCACCUUCAUGCCCCUCAACCGCCUCCACCCCAAUGUCCCGCCCAUGCCCGACACGCUCGACGCCGUCCCGCUCAUCAACCAGCUCGAGUUCGACGAGACGCACAUCAAAGCGCUCCAGCAGGUCUUCGGCAAGACCUGCGUCUGCCACACGCUCGAGGACGCCACCGCGUACGUCAAGUCGCACGGCAUCAACACCAUCACCACCGACGGCGACAAGGUCGACCGCAAGGGCGCGCUCACCGGCGGCUACCACGACCCCCGCCGCUCGCGGCUCGACGCAGUGCGUGCGGCGGCGUCAUGGCAGGAGAAGGUCCGGGCCACCAUGGCGCGCAGCGAGGAGGUCAAGAAUGCAAUUGCUACGAUCGACCAGGAGAUCACGCGGGUGUCUGGCCAGAUAUCCCGCCUCGCUGCCCAGCAGGCGCAGAUUCGCGAGGCUCGCGAGCGCGGACUGGCUGAUGGGACUGCGCGGUCGCGCGAGAAGGAGCGGCUACAAGCGCGCAUAGAGAAGCUCGAGCACGAGGCGGAGGAACUCGAAAGCGAGCUACGCAGUGUUGAGAGCCGGCUGGACUCGUAUACUCGCGAGCUGGAGAGCCCCAUGACGAAGGGGCUGACGGACGCGGAGGAACAGGAGCUCGCGCAGCUCAACCAAGACUCAGAACAGUCUUCUAAGCAGCUGAGGGAGUUGACAUCGAAGAGGAAUACGCUCGAAAGCGACAAGAACCGCCUCGAAGUCGAGCUCAAUGAAAGCCUCCGCCGGCGGCGGGAUCAUGUCAAGCGCAAGCUCGAGUCCCUCGGCGACACCACCGACGACGGCACCGGCGCCACCCUCACCCUCGCCGCCCGUCAGCGCGAGCUCGCUACGCUCGACCAAAGCAUCGCCUCGCUCAAUACCAAGCUCCAGGCCCUCGACGCCGAGAUUGACAGGGUCACCGAGCGGAUGCAGAAGGACCGCGCUGCGUUAGAGAAGGUUCAGAAUCAGCUGCUGGAGGACACACGUGCGAUGAGCAAGCAGCAGAAGACAACGGAGCGGUAUCUCGCGAAGCGCCAAAUGUUACAGAACCGCAAGGAUGAGUGUGCGCGGAAUAUCAGAGACCUGGGUGUGCUGCCGGAAGAGGCGUUCGUCAGAUACGUGGACGAGAACCCGAACAGGCUCGUGAGGAAACUGCACGCUGUCAGCGAAACCCUCAGGGGGUUCGCCCACGUUAACAAGAAGGCCGUCGAGCAAUACACCAACUUCACCAAACAACGCGACCAGCUUCGCGAUCGCCGGAAGGAGCUAGACACGUCCGCCGAAUCCAUUCAGGAGCUCGUAGAUGUGCUCGACCAGCGGAAGGACGAGGCGAUCGAGCGGACCUUCAAGCAGGUGGCGAAGAACUUCGAAGAGGUGUUUGAGGGGUUGGUGCCAGCCGGGCGAGGGCGGUUGAUCAUCCAGAGGAAGAUCGACCGCGAUGAGGCAGAAGGCGAUGAGGACGAGGAUGGUGAAGGUCAGGGUGGGAUCGACAACUACACGGGCGUGUCGAUCAAGGUAUCCUUUAACUCGAAGGUGGACGAGGGCCUUCGCAUACAGCAGCUUUCGGGUGGGCAGAAGUCACUCGUGGCGCUCGCGACGGUGUUCGCCAUCCAGAAGUGUGAUCCUGCGCCAUUCUACCUGUUCGACGAGAUCGACGCGAACCUGGACGCCCAGUACCGGACAGCAGUUGCAGCGAUGAUCCACUCCCUCUCGGGUACGGCGCAGUUCAUCACGACGACGUUCAGGCCAGAGAUGUUGGUCACGGCGGACAAAUUCUACGGCGUGCUGUUCAACAACCAGAAGGUAUCGUCAAUUCGGGCUAUCAAGAGGGAGGAGGCCAUGGAGUUCGUUGACCAGGAAGCGCAAGCUCAGUAGACAUUCGUGCUUUCCAUGUUUAUUCUCAUUUUUCUCGGGAUUCUACUGCAAUGUUGUUCGUGCUGUCUGUUACCUUGCUAGGAAUGUACUGUAUGCUGUGUACAAUAUGACGAUUCGGUGUCGAGUUGAUGUUG